CCAACCUUCAAACCCCACCUCACCUCCACUCACCCCCAAUCCAACUACCAACCACCGAACAACAUCCCAAUCCCUUUCCUCACACCCAACUAAGCAAAGAACCAAAAUGGCCUCCCGCAUCCCAACUUCCACCUCCGUCACCGAAUCAGCCGUCAUCUCUGCCCUUUUCAGCUCCGUCUGGCACCUCAUCAAGCUUGAGUCCUUCAGCGACUUCUGGACCGCCUUGGUCAAGUCCGAGACUGUCAAGGAUACCUCCCCAGAUACGGAUAUUGUGAAGUGGGUUUUCAAGGAUGGGACCGAGUUGGAAGUUAAGCUUGAGGCUCAUUCGACGAUCGACCACUACAUAACCUACUCCGUCAUCUCUGCCAAGCCGCAACUCAGCUACUCCAGCGUCGUGAGCACCGUUCGCCUCUUCCCUAUCACAUCCGGCCACCACGAGGGACAGACGUUCGUUCAAUGGACAGGCAAUUUCUCCAGUGAUGCUGAUGCCGGUGUUAUCGAGGACGCAAAGUUCAAGCGCAGAGAGGCAUUGGCUGAUCUCGCGAACGCAGUCAAGAAGUGAGCAAGUUGUGCGUUUCUCCUGUGAAUAGCGAAAGGAUCACUGCGCCGUUGAUGUCUAGGGUCUGGGGAUUAUUGCAAGGAGCACAUGCUGGGCGGUAAGUUUUGUGGUGAUUUGGCUUGAUUUCGGCAAUCGAAAUUGCGUGGAGCUCCAAUGAGCAUAAAAGUUACGGUGACAAAAUGCAGUCUGUUUGUUACAACUCUGGUGGAUUUUCUUCUGAGUUGGCGUCAGUGACACUUGGUGACCCUGAUGCGCAGUUUGACCGAAGAGAUGAAAUUGAGGGAAGUUUCUCGACUCCUAUUAUACCUGCAACCAGCGUGAUAGCUGGUCAAUCGAGUGACCUAAACAGGCCACAACCUCAACAUCUUCACCUCAUGAC